UCCUUAAAGUAGUGGGUAGCAUCUCAGCUAAAAUUUAGUAGCAUGAAUACAGAUAAUUCUUGAUUAAAAUAAUGAUGUGGCCAAUGUUUUAUUUUUUCCAGAAAUUGGCAGGAACAUUAUCUUUAUUUUAGCAAUAGCAGGAGGGGAGGCCCCUACCUAAAUUUUCAUUUAAACAACCCCAAUGGGGGUUGACAGUACAACUGAGUUCAUGCAACAGAAACAAAGACAGAGGUAGCAAAACUGAAGCAUCAAAAGAGGUUAGUCUGACCACAGUUCGAUCCAUGAUUUGUCCUAGUGCUUUUCCACACUAUUGCCUCUGUUUAUCCAUCAAAAGAGGAACCAUGAUGUUGUCGAAGGCUGUACGAUUUGGAGAUUUCUUCUAUUAAUCAAAGAUGUGCCAGAGUAUGCAAUUCAAACACAUUAUCAGUCAAACAUAUGUACACCUUGAUGAAUUUUGGUGACCUGCAAGAUAUAGAUUACUCUAAUAUGUGGUCUUGUGCUGCAGGCACCUAAGAAUGAUGUGCUACAUGCCAAUGGUAAUCAUAAAUUACUUGCUCUUCGUCAACAAUGCCAGCCGAAUCAUGCGAAAUGGAAUCAUGUCCGAAUGGUCCAACCGAGGAUAGUUUCUACGGUAAUAACCACCCAAGUCCAAACGACCCAACCGUCACCAACAAAGACUCCGUCCGAGAAGCUAGCUCACUGGCAAACACAGGACAAGCUAGAGCCAAGGCAGGGGAGAAGGAAGGGAGGGAGGUAGAGACCGAUGGCCGUGUCAGGCUCCGGCGCGGCCGUCGACACGGGCGAUGCCGAUGCCGACCAAGCCCGGCUGCACCAGCUCGGCUACAAGCAGGAGCUCAAGCGCGGCCUCUCUGCCAUGUCGAACUUCGCCUUCUCGUUCUCCAUCAUCUCCGUGAUGGCCGGCGUGACGACGACGUACAACGCGGGGCUGCGGUACGGCGGGCCGGCGUCCAUGACGCUGGGGUGGCUCGUGGUAGCCGCCUUCAACGGCUGCGUCGCGCUGUCCAUGGCCGAGAUCUGCUCCGCCUACCCGACCUCGGGCGGCCUCUACUACUGGAGCGCCAAGCUCGCUGGCAACAAGUGGGCACCGCUUGCUUCGUGGAUCACCGGCUGGUUCAACAUCGUGGGCCAGUGGGCUCUUACGACGAGCACAGACUUCUCAUUGGCGCAACUGGUCCAAGUGAUCAUCUUGCUUGGCACUGGUGGAGCCAAUGGCGGUGGCUACAUGGCCUCCAAGUACGUCGUCUUAGCCAUCCACGGUUUCUUUCUCAUCAUGCAUGGAUUAAUCAACAGCCUUCCUAUCCGGUGGCUCUCCUGGUUUGGCCACCUCGGCGCCUUUUGGAACACAGUAGGUGCCUUUGUGCUGGUGAUCUUGAUUCCGGCCGUGGCCAAGGAGAAGGCGAGCACCGAGUUCAUCUUCACACACUUCAACACCGACAAUGGCAUGAGGAUCCAUGGCAAGUCUUAUAUCCUAGCUCUAGGCCUUCUGACAAGCCAAUACUCUCUGCUCGGCUACGAUGCAUCUGCUCACAUGAUCGAAGAAACGAAAAAUGCGGAUUGGAGUGGCCCAAUCGGGAUCAUCACUUCCGUGGCUCUGUCGACCAUGUUCGGCUGGAUUUUCUUAGUGGCCCUCACGUCGAUCGUGACAGACAUACCAUACCUUUUGAGUCCCGACAACGACGCCGGUGGCUAUGCCGUUGCUCAAGCUCUGUACACCUCCUUCGACAAGAGGUACGGUAGCGGUGUUGGGGGUCUUGUCUGCGUUGGGAUUGUCGCUGUCGGCAUAUUUCUCGCUGGCGUCGCCUGCAUCGCUAGCAAUUCAAGGAUGGGAUAUGCCUUCUCGAGGGACAGGGCAAUGCCAUUCUCCCACGUGUGGCAUCGCGUCAGCCAGAACGAGGUGCCCCUCAAUGUUGUCUGGCUCUCUGUGGUAGUCGCCUUCGUCAUGGCUCUCACGUCGUUGGGGAGCCAGGUGGCGUUCCAGGCGAUGGUGUCGAUUGCAACACUUGGACAGUAUAUCGCCUACGCGCUACCCAUCUUCUUCCGCGUGACAACGGCACGAAGGUCAUUUGUGCCGGGGCCAUUCUACCUGGGCCGUUACGGAGUAGCGGUCGGCUGGGCAGCGGUGCUAUGGGUGGCUUUUCUCACCGUUCUCUUCUCACUGCCUGUAGCGUAUCCGGUUGCCAAGGACAACUUCAACUACACACCCGUGGCCGUUGGAGGCGUGUUGCUGCUCAGCAUGGUCGCAUGGGUGGUCCAUGCCCGGUUCUGGUUUCAAGGGCCGAUCACCAAUGUCGAAUUGUAGGAAUUAAUUCUUUACGGUUUGGUCUGUUUGAUAUUGCAUGGAAUUGAGUCGAUGUUCAUGUCUUCUUGCAGUAUACAAGACAUUGUUACUGGCAGUAAAAUCAAAAUAAUUACUUAAAAGUGCCAAACAAUUUAGAUUGAGAGAGUAUUUUGCGGUUUAACCUUUCCAUUUCACAACAGUUAUUCAACCUUUCGUGGACCUUGUGUCAAUCUAUCAUGUCGUCAAUAAGAAUACAAUUCUGAAUUCAGCUGAAUACCUUUCGCCUAGAUCCGAAGCGGAGCUAGCGCGGUGAGCGGAUUUUUGGUUGUGGUUCCUGCCACCUGCCGAUGGAAGAAGACGAUGUAGAGUUGGUGAAUGUUGCAGCCCAAAAACAUCUUUUAGCAAGGGACUACUCUUAUUCCAAGGUUUGUCUUUUAUGAUGUUGGAUGGCCUUUAUGUUGUUUGGAUAUAUUGUUUGCGGAGGCACAACCUCCAAGCCUCAAGGAACAUAUGCAGUUUUUAUUUUUGCAUUGUCUUUUUUAUUAGUUGGUGGAUGUCUGUGUUCUCCAUCCCUGUGUAUAUUUGUGUGUACAUUUUCCUUAAUCAUUUGAAGGCAGAUA